CUUCUGGAUUGAUUCAUGGUAUAAAUAAUCCGAGCCUGGCGCCCUGCAUCGGCCGGGCAAGCUAGAUAGAGUUGAAGCCUGUUGGGUGGGCCAUCCAUUAGUAUUGUCAGACCGUCGCUGGUCGGAUUCCGCACUGCUCGCUUCUCUCCGACCGAGCGACUGACCGUGGGCGCCCUUCGCUGCAUCUUCCUCCUACUUUUACCCUCACUCGAUAUACAAAUUAUUCCGCGUCUCGUUCUCUCUCUCCCAUUUCUCACAAUGCCUCCUGUACCCUCCUCGUCCGAGCGACGCCGGAUCAUCUUGUAUCACCAGACUCUCUGUCCCAACGGAGGCCAAUAUGUCUCCAUGAUGCCUCUGGUACAGAACAACACCGGUGUGACGCAUAUUAUCCUCGCGGCAUUUCACCUGAACGCCGACCCCGAACACAUUACGCUCAACAAUGACCCCCCACAACACAGCAUGUACGACCCCCUCUGGGCCGAAGUGGCCCUCAUGAAACAAAGCGGGGUUCGCAUCAUGGGCAUGCUCGGAGGAGCUGCCCAAGGCUCUUUUCGCUCGUUAGAUGGAGAUGCAGAGAAGUUCGAACGGUACUACCAACCCAUGCUAGCCAUGAUCCGGCGACAUGGACUCGACGGACUGGAUCUAGAUGUGGAAGAGGACAUGUCGCUGUCGGGGAUCAUUCGACUCAUCGACCGGCUCAAGCUGGACCUGGGAGACGGAUUCAUUGUGACGCUGGCCCCCGUUGCGGCCGCCAUGCUGGGCGUGGGAAACCUGUCUGGGUUCGACUACCGAGAGCUAGAACAAAAGAGAGCCGCAAAGAUCAGUUGGUAUAACACACAGUUCUACAAUGGCUGGGGACCCGCAGAUGAUCCCCGGAUGUACGCCGCCAUCGUAGCACAGGGCUGGUCCCCACGCCGGGUGGUGCUUGGACUGCUGACCAACCCAGGCAACGGAUCGCAGGGCUACGUGCCCCUGGAGAAAAUGGGGCCCAUUCUGGCCAUGCUGAUUGAUCGGUUUCCUGAUUUCGGCGGCGUAAUGGGCUGGGAAUACUUCAACUCGAAGCCCGGGGAACAAGGGCAUCCAUGGUACUGGGCCGCGGAGAUGUCGCUGAGUAUGCACUUGAAGGACCUCGUGGAUGCUGCGCGCCAGCUCAUGUCAGGGCCGAUGACCAGCAGCCUGAUGACUGUGCUUCGCGAUAUGAUGCAGCAGCAAUAGUAGUAUGUGAUUGAUGUAUAUACAUUUCUUCUGAAUAUAAGUG